GUUGGUUGCUUCUCUUCGUCAGUGCUUACACUCUUAUAUCUAAGAUGCGUUCGCUGGUCCUGCUCCUGCUGGUGGCCGCCGCUGCCCACGCCGACAAGAUCUUCGCAGGCCCGCCCGCAGGAUUCCAAGAUGCCUUCGACAUCCCGGUGCCGUCCGCCAACGAGGUCCUCGGGGGAUACCUGCCCCCGAAGGAAGACAACUGCAUCGACAUCACCUCCACCUCCACCGCCACAAGGGUCGUGACCAGCACGACGGGCGGCGGUGGCUUCGGCUCCGUGGUCACUCAGGUCAUCACUUCCAGAGUGGUGACCACCCAGUUCCGCCCCACCACCGUCGUCAGGACCGAGGUCAACACCGUCGGGAAUACGAGGACACAAGCCCUGACGCAGACGCGGACGAGCGAGGUCGUGCGAUCCAUUAUCAACACCGUCAGCGGAUCCGCCGUCACGAGGAAUGUCCAGUUCACGGUGACCAGCACCCGGCAGGUACAGAGCGUGGCGUACAGCACGGUGAGGUCACAGGUCACCCGCCCCGUGGAAGUCGUGAAGACCCAGACUGAAACCUCCGUGCGGGCCACCACGGUCACCAGUAGCUCACAGAGAGUCGAAACCAGCACAGUCACCGCCCCGGUGCGAGAUGUGGUCGUCACCAACACCGUCGUUUCUAAUGUCCAGACAACCGUGCAGACCCAGCCGCCAGCCCGGACCGUGCAGUCCACGAGAGUCGUGCAGACCACCGUGUUCAGACCCACCACCGUGCAGCCGCCACCCGUGCUGCGAACACAAACAAGGACCUCCAGCCAGGUGAUCUACUCCACAAGCACGACCAGCCAGGUCACCCAGGUCGUGCGCACACAGGAACAGGUUGUGACUAGCAUCGUCGUGUCCACACAGUCUCGCGUGUCCACCCAGGUCCUUCCCACGACCGUCGUCUCCACGAGAGUCGUCGGCAACACCAUCACCAGGACCAUCGACAGCGUCGUCAACCGUCCCGUCACCGUCACCAACACCAGGACCGAGGAGCGAACCGUCGGCCGCGCCUCCACCUCCUUCGUCAACGUGGUGAGGACGGUGAACCUCCCCGAGCAGGUGGUGACGAACCGCGUGGUGUCCACCAGCCUCGUGAAUUCAGUCUUUUUCAGCACCGUCGGCGGCGUCCGUACCGUCACCGUCACAAGGACGAUACCGGCUGUAUGCGGCAACACAGGCUACAACUAUGAAGCGCCGGCCGUUCCCUUCACCUUCGGAAAUUAAGAGAGCUUCUGGCGGCGUCGAUGAGAGCCUCCACCGAGUCCUCGUCGCUCGAAACGAAAUCUUUAAAAUGAUCAUAACUAUCCGAUUUUCAGAACAUGUAAAUGCGUGUGUGAAUCUUGUAUAAAUAAAAGUUUCCAUUUC